CGACAUAGGUUAGGUUGUUAGAAAGUUAAUGGCUUGAGGGAAAGAGGAUCGCUUCAGGAGAGUUUCGGGAUUUUUCUGAAGUGAAGCUUGACUGUUCUCAAGCAAUAUAACCACAAAGAAAGUAAUAAGAAUAGGUUACUUUUGACCAAUACGUGUAAUAUCUAAAUAACUAUGCAGGAUGCAGUAGCCGGGACAGCAGUGAUGACGGACGGCUUCGAGGACGAGAUUGACGCGGUGACUCCUCGCUCCCCUGCUUUAGGGAUGGGGGUUGGAGCCACACCAGGAGCCGGACUUGGGGGCCUUGGUAUUGGCGCAGGAGGGAAAAAAGUACGCUUUUUCGGUGAGGCAGGUGGGCCCACAGCAGAUAGGAUUGAUUUUAAGCUCGCUGCAGCCGCAGUGCUCUCGUCUGGUCCCGGAUCUGGCAGCGACGAAGAUGAAGUAUCUGAGGUGGAAUCCUUUCUACUGGAACAGGAAGACUUGGAUAACCCGGUGCUAAAGACGGCCUCGGAACUGCUCCUGUCCAGCGCCGCAGAUAACCUGGACCUGAGAAGAGUGGACCCAGAGACACAGGCCCGCCUGGAGGCCCUGCUGGAGGCAGCAGGCCUCGCUGAGCAGUCCAACGCCGACGGUAAAGCCUUCGCAGAUCCCGAGGUGCUCCGCCAGCUGACCUCGUCGGUGAGCUGCGCUCUGGACGAAGCAGCUGCCGCCCUCACGCGCAUGAGGGCCGAGAACACGCUCAACGCCAGCCAGGCAGACAAUCUGGUUAUUUUUAGCCGUAGCCUGGCCGAGGCGUGCUCUGACGGAGACGUCAAUGCCGUACGCAAGCUGCUGGAUGAGGGCCGAAGCGUCAACGAGCACACGGAGGAGGGAGAGAGUCUGCUGUGCCUGGCAUGCUCAGCCGGCUACUACGAACUUGCACAGGUCUUGUUGGCCAUGCAUGCCAAUGUGGAGGACCGAGGCAUCAAGGGGGACAUCACACCCUUAAUGGGAGCAGCCAGCGGUGGUUAUGUGGACAUAGUCAAACUGCUGCUGGUACAUGGAGCUGAUGUCAAUGCACAAUCUUCCACAGGCAACACAGCCCUGACGUACGCGUGCGCGGGAGGCUUCCUGGACGUGGUCAAAGUGCUACUUAAGGACGGCGCCAACAUUGAGGACCACAACGAGAACGGACACACUCCCCUGAUGGAAGCGGCCAGUGCAGGUCACGUAGAGGUCGCACGCGUGCUCCUGGAGUACGGCGCAGGUAUCAACACACACUCCAACGAGUUUAAGGAGAGCGCACUUACGCUGGCCUGCUAUAAAGGACACCUAGAAAUGGUGCACUUCCUGCUGGAGGCCGGAGCUGACCAGGAACACAAGACAGACGAAAUGCACACGGCACUCAUGGAGGCCUGCAUGGACGGGCACGUGGAGGUGGCACGGCUGCUGUUGGACAGCGGAGCUCAGGUGAACAUGCCCGCCGACUCCUUCGAGUCCCCGCUGACCCUGGCGGCGUGCGGCGGGCACGUGGAGCUGGCCGCCCUGCUCAUCGAGAGGGGCGCCAACCUGGAGGAGGUCAACGACGAGGGCUACACGCCACUCAUGGAGGCGGCGCGAGAGGGCCACGAGGAGAUGGUGGCGCUGCUCCUGGCUCAGGGAGCCAACAUCAACGCUCAGACGGAGGAGACGCAGGAGACGGCCCUGACGCUGGCCUGCUGCGGGGGCUUCCUGGAGGUGGCCGACUUCCUGAUCAAGGCGGGAGCCGACAUUGAGCUGGGCUGCUCCACGCCGCUGAUGGAGGCUGCACAGGAGGGGCACCUGGAGCUGGUGAAAUACCUACUAGCAGCAGGCGCCAAUGUGCACGCCACCACGGCGACAGGCGACACGGCUCUGACGUACGCGUGUGAGAACGGUCACACGGACGUCGCCGAUGUGUUACUGCAGACCGGCGCCGACCUGGAGCAUGAGUCCGAGGGGGGAAGAACUCCGCUGAUGAAGGCGGCCAGAGCGGGACACUUGUGCACUGUCCAGUUCCUGAUCAGCAAAGGUGCGGAUGUCAACAGAGCGACAGCUAAUAACGACCACACAGUGGUGUCCCUGGCCUGCGCCGGAGGCCACCUGGCAGUGGUGGAGCUUCUGCUGGCUCACGGAGCUGACCCCACGCACAGACUGAAGGAUGGCUCCACCAUGUUGAUUGAGUCUGCUAAAGGCGGCCACACCAAUGUUGUGUCCUACCUGCUGGACUACCCAAACAAUGUCCCCACCACAGAGAUGUCCCAGCUCACGCCCCCCUCACACGACCCCGCGUCCCAGGCUCCUAGAGUUCCAUUCCAAGCCCUGGCAAUGGUGGUGCCGCCUCAGGAACCUGACAGAGUCCCAUCCAGCUCCUCACCCGUUUCAAACAAAGGCAUGUCCAAGCAGCGCCUGGCCCAGCUGCAGGGUGGACCAGUGGGUCUGGACACCGACCUCCUCCAGCCCUUCCACCCCUACCAGCAGCCGCUGGAGUGCAUCGUGGAGGAGACGGAGGGCAAACUCAACGAGCUGGGCCAGCGCAUCAGCGCCAUCGAGCGUGCCCAGCUGCAGUCGCUGGAGCUCAUCCAGGGCGAGCCGCUCACCAAAGACAAGAUCGAGGAGCUGAAGAAGAGCCGCGAGGAGCAGCUGCAGAAGAAGAAGAAGAUCCUCAAGGAGCUGCAGAAGGUGGAGCGGCAGCUGCAGCUCAAGACGCAGCAGCAGUUCACCAAAGAGUACAUGGAGGCCAAGGGGCCCAAGGCCGAGGCGGGGCUGGCGGCAGGGGUGGAGGAGCCUGGCACCCCCCUGCCCGGGCAACCCCCUCAGCUGGGCCCCAACGCCAUCGACGGCGGGGAGGGGCAUCCCGAGUACAGCAACCUCAUCCCGCCCAUUGAAGACUCCGAGGUGGAGGACCUGGAGGAUGAGGAUGAGGAGGCCGACGUCGAGGACGCCGAGUACCCCAAGCUCCCGCAGGUGGACACCAUCCUGUACAGAGAGGCCUCCCAACCGCCCCCUCCCCCACCGCCGCCGCCCCAGGCCGCGGAGCUGCAGGGGUCCCCGCCCUCCCCGUUGCAGUCGGCCGGCUUCGUGCCCAUCCAGCCCCUGGCCACGCAGCAGUCCACCGACUUCGGCAGCGUCAGCGUGGAGUACCCCUGCCCGGACGGAGGCAGCCCCGAGCUGCAGAGGGCCAUGCUGGGGCAGCAGCUGCAGCUGCAACCACUGGGGCCCGGUCUCCUCAGCCAGGCCCCCGACGGCCUCAUGAUCGCCAGGCCCGCGCAGACGCUCACCGACACGCUGGAUGAUAUCAUGUCAGUGGGCAGAGUGCCUAUGAUCAACACUACAACCUCCCCCUCACCUCAGCCUCCAGCUCAGGCGCCCGUCAGUGCCACCUCUCCCCCACUGCUCCCCCUCUACCCCACGGUGGACAUCGAUGCCUAUACGGAGAGCAACCACGACACAGCACUCACGCUAGCAUGUGCUGGAGGCCAUGAGGAGCUGGUGUCAGUGCUCAUUACACAUGGGGCCAAUAUCGAGCACCGGGAUAAGAAAGGCUUUACUCCUUUGAUCCUGGCCGCUACAGCGGGACAUGUUGGUGUUGUGGAGAUCCUGCUGGAUAAAGGAGGGGACAUCGAGGCUCAGUCCGAAAGAACCAAAGACACACCUCUCUCCCUGGCUUGCUCUGGGGGACGGCAAGAGGUGGUUGAGCUGCUGCUGCUGCGUGGGGCCAAUAAGGAGCACCGCAACGUCUCCGACUACACUCCCCUCAGCCUGGCUGCCUCCGGAGGCUACGUCAACAUCAUCAAGAUCCUCCUGAAUGCCGGGGCGGAAAUUAACUCCAGGACGGGCAGUAAGCUGGGCAUCUCGCCUCUGAUGCUGGCGGCCAUGAACGGCCAUGUGCCAGCGGUGAAGCUGCUGCUCGACAUGGGCUCUGACAUCAACGCCCAGAUCGAGACGAACCGCAACACGGCGCUGACGCUGGCCUGCUUCCAGGGCCGGGCCGAGGUGGUGAGCCUGUUGCUUGACCGCAGGGCCAACGUGGAGCACCGCGCCAAGACGGGUCUCACUCCGCUCAUGGAGGCUGCGUCAGGGGGCUAUGCAGAGGUGGGCCGGGUGCUGCUGGAUAAGGGCGCGGAUGUGAACGCCCCUCCCGUCCCUUCCUCCAGGGACACGGCUCUCACCAUUGCAGCUGACAAGGGCCACUACAAGUUCUGUGAGCUGCUAAUCAUCAGAGGGGCCCACAUCGAUGUGCGUAAUAAGAAGGGAAACACUCCUCUAUGGCUUGCUGCGAACGGUGGCCAUUUUGACGUGGUCCAGCUGCUUGAGCAGUCAGGUGCUGAUGUUGACGCUGCAGACAACCGCAAAAUCACCCCUCUCAUGGCCGCUUUCCGCAAGGGUCAUGUGAAAGUCGUGCAGUACUUGGUGAAGGAAGUGAACCAGUUCCCCUCUGACAUAGAGUGCAUGAGAUACAUUGCCACAAUUGCAGAUAAGGAGCUGCUGAAGAAAUGCCACCAGUGCAUGGAGACCAUCGUCAAGGCAAAGGACCACCAGGCGGCAGAGGCCAACAAGAACGCCUGUAUCCUCCUCAAAGAGCUCGACCUGGAGAAAUCCCGCGAGGAGAGUAAGAAGCAAGCCCUUGCUGCGAAGCGUGAGAAGCGCAAGGAGAAACGCAAGAAGAAGAAGGAGGAGCAGAAGAGGAAGCUGGAAGAGGAGGAGGAAAAGUUGAAGGAGGUCUUAGAUCUGCUGGACGAGGAUGACGAUUAUGAAGAAGAGUUGGAGGUGCCAAUCGAGCCCCCCAGUGCUACCACCACUACCACAAUUGGCAUCUUGGCCACCUCGCCCACCUUCACCUCUGCUUUUGGCAAGAAGCGCGCCAACCUGACCACCAUGGCCAGCACCAGCCGCAAGACCAAGAAGAACAAGCUCAAGGACUCCCCCAGCGAGCCCAUCAUCCUGCAGGACCCCCAGGUGGCGCUAGCCCCGCAAAAGGCCGACAAAAACAAAAUCAACGGCGAGCCUCGAGGCGGCGGGGUGCCAGGGGGAAACAGCGACUCGGACAACCUUGACAGCGCCGACUGCAACAGUGAGAGUAGCAGCGGCAGCAAGAGCCAGGAGCUCAGCGACGGCCCGUCCUCCUCCUCCUCCUCAUCGACCUCCUCUUCCUCCUUCUCCGCUCCCUUGGGUCCUGCCAAGAAGCAGCCCCUGCCCGAGAAGCAUCAGGGCCUGUCACUCCAGACCUCCAGAGAGGAGAAGCUCACCCCGACUAAGCCACAACACAAGGUCCAUGAUGUUGAGUCUCACGGUCCCCUGUUCUCAUCUGUGAAGACUUCACUGCCCAUCAUCUCGUCAAACAAGAUGAACCUCACCAGCCCCAAAAGGGGUCCCAAAAGAGAGGAUGGCUGGAAAGAAGUUGUCCGCAGUUGCUCUGUCUCCAGAUCGAAGAAGCUCUCGGUCCCGGCCUCCGUGGUCUCCCGCAUCAUGGGCAGAGGAGGCUGCAACAUCACGGCAAUCCAGGACGUGACGGGGGCGCACAUCGACGUGGACAAACAGAAGGAUAAGAACGGGGAGAGAAUGAUCACCAUCAGGGGUGGCACAGAGUCCACUCGACAUGCCGUGCAGCUGAUCAACGCCUUGAUCCAGGACCCGGCCAAAGAGCUGGAAGAUCUAAUCCCGCGUAACCACAUCCGGCCCCCUGGCACAAGCACCAGGAUGGGCUCCACCCAUGCCACCUCCACGGCCUCCAGCACCACUGUUGCCAGCUCCAGGGGCCUCCCCCCUGCCGUGCCCCUUUCUGCUGCGGCCUUCCAGUCCACGGCGGCCAUCGGCAUCCAGCCUGGAGGUAAGCUGGGGAAGAACAUGGUGUCAGGCGUGCGGCCUCCCUUCGUCUCGCUGCCUCUGGCCUACACCCACCCGCAGCUGGCGCUCCUGGCCAUGCAGCAGAUCCGGCACCCACGCCUGCCCAUGGCGCAGUUUGGCGGCACCUUCACGCCCUCGCCCAACACGUGGGGCCCGUUCCCGGUGCGUCCGGUGAGCCCGGGUAGUGCCAACAGCUCGCCCAAACACAACAGCGGCGGCACAGCUGCUCCUCGACCUUCGCCGGCCGGCAGCGGCCACCCUGAGCACAUGUCUCCUCGGGGAACAGGCGCAACCACCACCACCCCCGUCUCCUCAGCCUCUCCGCCCUCCUCUGCCCCCGCAUCCUACACGCCUUCCUCUGCCAGGAAGCAGCUCUUCGCCACUGAGCCCAAGGCCGGCAGCGCGCAGCCUCAAGCCCCGGCAAACAGCGCGCAGGCUCCAGCCCCGGCAAACAGCAGCCCACCGGCCGCCCAGACGCCCGCCGCGCCAGUGACCUUCGCUCCGACCGUGCGCAGAACUCCGCCGCUUCCACCCGCCUUAUUCACCUCCCCCGCGCAGCAGUCCGCAGCCAGCAGGCUGGAGCCUACCUUCGCCAACAGCAAAGACAAGCCUUCAGCCGAGCUACCAGCGCCGGCCGCUGCAUCCCUCCACGAGGGCCACGGCUCUGUGGUGCCACUGCGGUCCUCCCCCACGUCCCAGCCCUUGCUGCCCUCCCCGGCAGGCGUCCGACCGCAGAUGCCCUCCACUUUCUCGACCAGCGAGCCUGGCGCUGCCGUCUCCCAGGCCUGUGCCCCGCUGCCUGUCUCUCGCCCUGUGCCCACCAGCAACAGCAGCAGCAGCCCCCACACACACAUCAGCAGCACCUUACCUCAGUACGUCACAUCUGCGCCGGGCGUGUCGCAACGCGCGCAGAACCCUGCCUCCCUCUACCCCACGGGUGCCGGGGUGCCCAUGCAGGAGCAGCAGGCGGUGUUUGUACCCUCAGGCCCUCCACAGGACCCCCACAAACCACACUCCCAGCAGCCCAGCCAGUCCCAGAUUGGCAUGACGCCCCACUCGAUGCCCACGUCCUCUGCCGUGGGCAUGAUGAACGGCUCCCAGAUGCACCACCAAGGGGGUAAAGCCCAACUGCCCCCGAAUUAUGGCCAAACCACCAUGUUCAAUCACUUCGGAAACAUGUUUGAGAAUAACCAGGUGGGCCAUAAUCAGAUGUGGGGCUGUCAGUUGCCCAACCGGACCCCUCCGGAGCAGCCCUACAGCGGCCAGUCGGCCUACGGAGAUGAUGCUGGACAGCUGGAUGGCGUCAUGAACCCGACUGACAACUCCAAGGCACCAGGCUACCGCUGUGCCACCCAGAAAAUGGGCCCCAGCGCCAUUGGAAUGCACCCUAUGGACCCCUCGGGCAACCCCAUGUCCUCCUCCUCCACAGCGCUCACGAGCUUCACCACGAGCAUCACCGGCAGCCCCGUGUACCUGCAGGGCUCGGCCCCAGGGGGCCCCCCCUCCUUCAGCCGCCAGCACUUUUCCCCCCUCCCCUGGGGCGCCUCGUCCUCCUGCAAGAGAAUCCGAGGAGAGUCACCGGUGCCCUCUGCGUCCUCUGGGCCCUCGUCUCCUCACUGCACGGCCGCCAUGAUGCCGCAGAUCCAGGCUAAGGCCAACAACAACAACGCCAGCCAACAGGAUCGCAAAGUUCCCCCACCCAUAGGCACCGAGCGCUUGGCCCGCAUACGGCAGACCGGCUCGGUCAACCAUACUAUUCUGCCCGCCAGCUACACGCCAAAUGUAGGGCAGGGAGGCAUCUGGUCCUUUGGUGUGGGAAGCGCCUCUGAGCCCAUGACUGGGUGGUCGCAGCCACUGAUGGGAGGUCACAUGAUGCCCCAGCAGCUGCCGGACCAGUCAGCCUUCUCUCAGCACCAGGUCAUGGAGCGUGACGACACUGGCAUUGUGGCGCCCGCCAACACCUUCCACCAGUCCGUGCCCACCAGCUACAUGGAUUUCCCCAAGGGUUUGCCCAUGUCUGUGUAUGGCGGCACGAUGAUGCCCCCUCACCCCCCGCUGGCAGAGGCCCCUGGGAGCGCCAUGUACAAUGGUAUGCAUGCUGCAGACCCUGCGUGGAAUCCCAUCCUCAAACUGGUGCCCAACUCGGCAGACAACUCGGAUCCUCAGCAGGUCUGGACAGGGACAUGGGCUCCACAUGUCGGAAAUGUACACCUGAAUCAUGUCAACUAAACACAACCCUAGCUGGUAAAUAGUAGGACCAGUGAGAGGAAAGUAGGAAAAGGUAAAAGAUUAAUUAGAAAGGAGGAUUUACACAAUGACAAAGACUUUAACCUAAGCGUAUCCCCAAAUGAUAAAAUUAUACUUUAAACUGACUUAGACCUUUUGAUGUGCCUGACUAAAAAAAAUAAAGAGACAGACAGAAAAAAAAAACUCUGGCGUGGGCUUUAAAGCAUUUACUCUUGUCUAUGAACAAACCAACUGCCUGUUUAACAGGAGACAUUCUCUGCAUAGUAUAGCCAUUUUGACAUAAAAGGCCCGCAAUCAGUGGAGUUGGAGGGCUCAGUAGGUCUGUGCACUAUUUAUACCCAGCCAUGACCUAGAUGAUUACUCACUGAGAGAAAUCAGACCUUUAGAGUGGUAAAUACAUGUAUAAUUGUUUACAUACUGAAAAGGGGUUCAAAGGAGAGUAAAUUUCAUGUCGUAUAGUGGCUCUACUUUAUGUAGCCUGUAUUAAUGUGAAAUAUUUACCUUAAUAUUCAAUAAAGAUGUUCACUAAGAUAUUCAGUAAAA